AUGCCCAAGAUUAAGGUUCUUUUCUUCGCGCGCGCUCGCGAGCUCGUAGGCGCGGCAGAGCAAACCUUAGAGCUGCCCGCGGACGCCGAUUCUCGCUUGCUCCUCGAGCGCCUCUACGACGCGCACCCGCCGCUGCGCGACCUCGCGCAAAGCGUGGUGCUGGCGGUGAACCGCGAAUACGUGUCGCCUAGCGACCCGCCGACGGUUCUUAAAGACGGAGACGAGGUGGCUCUGAUCCCGCCCAUCAGCGCUUCAUCGCUCCUCCCCUCUCUCCCCUCCCCCUUCCACCGCAUCUUCCCACGCGCCUACCUCUCCCCCCACCGCCCCUACCUCUGCCUCGCCGCCCGCCUCGCCCACGUGCUCCGUGGCGUCGCCAGGUGGCGCGCUCUCAUUCGCUACCGCCACAGCAGCAGACCCAGAGGAAGCAACCGGGAAGGCCGGAGCACAUGGGCAUGGAGGGCAGUGCCGGCCCGUGUGGUGAUGCAAGGAGGUGUGACUAUCUGGGUGGCCUUCGACCUGGCGCGUGCGGGGAGAGGGGCUAGCAGUCCCGGGGGCACCAAUGGGAGCAAUGGGCGCAGAGAGGCGGCAGAGGGGGGAGUGGAGGACGGGGGUGAUGGGCAGGGGAGGGGGGAUGUGGGGAUGGAAAGGGGGAGGGCGGGUGAUAUGGGGGGGAUGCAUGAGGAGCAGGCGAUGAUGGUGGAGGUGCAGGGGUUGUGGCGGGGGGGUGGUGUGGGCACAGGGGCCAUGUGGCUCACUCUCUUCCGCACUCACACGGAUGCUAGUUGUCACUGUACCCAUGGCGCCCAUGCGCAUGCCACACCUGCUGCUUCUGCUGCUGUUGCUGGUGCUGCUGGUGUUGCUGCUGGCGACGGUGGGCGGGAGUGGGUUGAGGAUGAAGCGAGGGAUGGGGAGGAGUGGGAGGACGAGGCGGGGGUGGGAGGAGAUGGAGGGGCAGGGGCAGAGGGAGGGGCAGCAGGGCAGUGGGAGCGAGUGCAGCAGUCGCACAUGACUGGCCUGUGCCUGUACUCAGGCUCUGAGUGGACCCUCCUCGCCUCUUUCUUCCACCCACCCGCCACGCCCCCCACCAUCACCACUGCUGCCGCCUCCUCCCCCUCUGCGGCUUCUCUAUGUGCGCGUGAGAGGGCAGAGGGGCAGCAAGGGGGAGGGGAGGGGCCACACGGGGUGGUAUUCCUCCACGCCAUGCACCUGCUGCACAGCUUCCCUCUCCCGCUCCGACACUCCACUCCCCUCUGCUGCCCCACCCCCACCGACAUUUCCUCUGCUCCCUUCCCUGCCUCUGCUGCCUCCUCCUCUUGCGCCUCCUCUCCCCCGGCCACCCCCCCAUGCACCUCACUGAGCGUCCUCAUUGACUUGUGCCUGCCUCGUUCACUCCACUGCUCGCUCCUGCCCUCUCAAGACAUCACCCUCUUCUCAAGCCGUGGGUGUGUGUUGCUGGGGCGGGCAGCAGUGGAGGUGUGGGAGACAGAGGGGGAACAGGAGGAGGGGGAGGAGGAGGAUGCAGAAAGUCACUCACAUCUGCCUACACUGCAGGGAGAUGGGCGAACGGAUGGGAAUGGGGUGAGCAGUGGGGCAGAAGGGAAUGAUGGAGGUGGGGGGAGUGAUGGGGAAGAAGGGAGCGAGGGGGGUGGCGCUGGGAGCAUGGCAUGGCGGCUGCUGUUUGUACCAGAUGGUACAGACGAGCCUCUCUCUGCCAAUGGAGUCACCAUUGAAUGGCGGGCGUCAAGGGGGGCGAUGGGAGGUGCGGGAGGAGGUGGGGAAACGAUAGGAGGCAUUGAAGCACGAGCAGGGGGGGGAGGAGGAGGAAGAGGGGAGGAAGGAUUUAGGAUAGGGGGUGGGGAAGGUAGGGGGAAAGAUAGUGGGAAGGAGGCAGGUGGUUGGCAUGUGUCACUGCAUUUGUCUGCAGAGGGUGUGCGUAGUGUGUUUGGCUGCCAUGCAUGUGACAGUGCGACAGGCUCUUAG